ACAAUUGUCUCAGAGUUCCAUCUCAUGAGCUUCUCAGAGGACCCAGCCCUGCAGCCCGUCCUCUUCGGACUGUUCCUGUCCAUGUACCUGGUCACAGUGCUCGGGAACCUGCUCAUCAUCCUGGUCGUCAUCUCUGACUCCCACCUCCACACCCCCAUGUACUUCUUCCUCUCCAACCUGUCCUUGGCUGACAUUGGUUUAACCUCCUCCACAGUCCCAAAGAUGAUUGUGGACAUCUCAACUCAAAGCAGGGUCAUCUCCUAUGAGGGCUGCCUCACACAGAUGUCGCUUUUUAUCCUUUUUGCAUGUAUGGACAACACGCUUCUGACUGCGAUGGCCUAUGACCGCUUUGUGGCCAUCUGCCAUCCCCUGCAUUACACAACCAUUAUGAACCCUCGCCUCUGUGUCUUAUUACUCUUGCUGUCAGUCUCCAUUAGCCUCUUCGGCUCCCAGGUGCACAAUUUAAUUGCCUUACAAAUUACUUGUUUCAAAAAUGUGGAAAUCGCUACUUUCUUUUGUGACCCUUCUCAACUCCUUGACCUUUCAUGUUCUGAUACCUUAAUCAGAACCAUAGUUACUUAUAUUAUUACUGCCAUGUUUGGCUUUUUUCCAGUGUUAGGGAUUGUAUUAUCUUACUAUAAAAUUGUUUCUUCUCUUCUUAAAAUCCCAAAAUCCGGGGGGAGGUACAAAGCAUUUUCUACCUGUAGUUCUCACCUGUCACUUGUUUGCUUAUUUUAUGGAACAGGCCUUAUAAGUUACCUUGGUUCAGGUGUGUCAUAUUCUUCCAGCAAGAACAUGGUGCCCUUGCUGAUGUACUCUGUGGUCAACCCUAUGCUGAAUCCCUUCAUCUACAGCCUGAGGAACAGGGACAUUAGUAGCAGCCUGAAGAGACUCCGUAGUUGGAGAGCGUAA